AUGGAUCGGAGAAGUUGGCUGUGGCGGAGGAGGUCAUCGGAGAAGAGUUCCGGUGGUGAAACUGAAAGCUCGGGAUCAAUAUCAUCGCAUUCAGAAAGAUUCUCCGAUGAUCAGACACUGGCGAAUCAUAUCCCUCCAUCAACUGAAGUCACAUCGAAAGCUGCGCCCAAUGAUGGAGAAUUUAACAAUACUAUGAAAACUCUAUCUGAGAAACUAUCAGAAGCACUUCUAAACAUUCACGCCAAGGAAGAUUUAGUAAAACAGCAUGCUAAAGUUGCAGAGGAAGCUGUCAUGGGAUGGGAAAGGGCUGAAAAUGAAACGUUUGUUCUGAAGAAACAAAUUGAGGUCUUAACGCAGAAGAAUUCAGUAUUUGAAGAACGUGUUGGUCAUCUUGAUAGAGCCCUUAAGGAGUGUUUACGACAACUUCGACAAGCAAGAGAAGAGCAAGAAGGGAAGAUUUAUGAUGCUGUUGCCAAGAAAACUUGUGAAUGGGAAUCAACAAAGUCUGAACUCGAGAACCAGCUCGUUAGGCUCCAUUCUCAACUUCAAAAUUCCAAUGCGGAUGCCAUCAUGUCUAUGCUUGUCGAUGUUCGCUCUAAGCUCGAAGCUGCAGAGAAAGAGAACUCAAUCCUUAAACUCAAGCUCCUCUCCAAAGCUGAAGAAUUAAAAUUAAGCACCCAUGAGAGAGACCUGAGCACCUGUGCUGCUGAAACUGCUAGUAAACAACAUUUAGUGAGCAUAAAGAAAGUGACUAGUCUAGAAGCAGAAUGUCGUAGGCUAAAGGCAGUGGCUCGUAGAGCAACACAACCUAAUGAUCACCAGUCUGUUACUGCAUUGUCAGUUUAUAUUGAAUCUUUCACAGAUAGUCAUACAGACAGUGGGGAGAGGCUGCUGGCUAUUCAAAGCGAUUGCUGCAGAUCGGUUAAGGCAUGCCACAAUAUUGGAAGAAGCUUCACUGGUCCUUCAGUCGAUCUUGAUCUUAUGGAUGAUUUUCUUGAGAUGGAGAGGCUUGCAGCACUACCUGAGAUAGAGAGUGGAAGCAGCCUUGAAACCAAGAGUGGGGAAAAUCCUUUAAAAGCUGAUCUGGAAGCCAUGAUUAAUCGGACAGCUGAACUGGAAGCGCAUUUAGAAAAGAUGGAAGCAGAAAAAGUAAAUUUAGAGACCACUCUGUGCAAGUGCCAACAUCAGCUUAAGAUAUCACAAGAUCAACUAAAGGAAACAGUCGUGAAGCUGGUGGACCUGAGAACUCAGCUGGCUAUGGCAAAUGAAGCAAAGAGAGCGGCUCAGAUAGAGGUUAAGGAUACAAACAUAAAACUGAAAAAAUCAGAGAAGCUUUUAGAAGAAGCACAGGUUACUCUGGUAGAAUUUCAAAAUCAGUUAAUCAAUGCAAACAAAUCAAAACACAAGAUCGAAUUGGAACUUGAGGCUACUGAGGUAAAGAAAGCAGAAGCAGAGUCUCGACUCAAAGUAAUCAAACUUGAGUUAGAAACCUUGCAUUCAAGCAUUGGUACUUUAGAAGAAGAAGUCGAGAAAGAACGGAAUUUUUCAGGGGAAAUUGUUGUCAAGUGUCAGAAAUUAGAAAAUGAGAUUUCAAGAAUGGAAUUGAAUUCUCAGAUUCAGAAAUCGGCAAUCAUCGACGAGUUCCAAAUCAAUCAGGACAAAGAAUUGACAGUGGCUGCUACUAAAUUUGCAGAGUGCCAAAAGACAAUUGCAUCUCUUGGCCGACAGCUAAAAUCUCUUGCCACAUUGGAGGAUUUCCUGAUUGUCGUCUCAGACUCAGAGAGACAAGUAGAUAUGUUAUAA